UAACAAAAAAAAGGAAAAAAAAACAAAAAAGCUUCACAACAAAUGCAAAAACAAUAAAUUGUUUAAUCAAAGUAAAAGAGAAAAUUAUAAACUUUAACGCUGUGCAAUAUCUAUAAAAGCAAUCAGGUCAGGCUAUGAUGCCAGGCCAAAUCAAAAGCGGCUGACGUUAGUUUUUUUUUCAUUAUUUUGCGAAAGCGAGAGAGCGAACUAGUGAGCUAAUACAUACAUAUGUAUGUAUGUAUGUAUAAAUAUUGACAAAAAGCAAAUCAAAGUUAAAAGGAGUGACAGGAAAAAAAUUUGUAAAUUAAUAACUAAUAAAAGCACAGAUCGUGUGCCAGCACAAGCAGCAGACACGACUCAACGUGGUAACGUACCGUUAGAGCAGCGCAUCUUCAAUACCAACACAGGUGAAUGAACAACAAGUAAUCAACGCCGCAAAGGAAAAACUAGAGCAAAAGACAGAAAAAAAAAACAAAACAAAACAAAAAGGAAAAGUAGAACAAGAGCUAGUAGAAGGAAAAGAAAAACAAAUAAGUAAAAUAAUCACGAAAACAAAGGUGGCACAAACAAAGCAGUGUUGCCAAAGGCGCACAACCGCCUAUCGAUUAAACUAGCCGCCGCCAACCAUCCGCCUCCCCCUACACACACACUCAUACCAGAAACACACAACGAAACGUGUAAAUUGACACGUUUGCGGCCAACGCAGCGAGGGGAAAGAUAUAAGAGGGAAGAAUUGCAGUUGUUUUUCUAGGGCAAGGCGGCUAGCAACUGCUAACCCAAGUGCCUUAUUGCCUGGAUACAUAGCGUAAGUGUCAGAAGAGCGCGCAGAAGAGAAACAGUGAGUAGAGGCGCAGAGGUGAGUGGAGGCACGCGCAUUGUUUGCGGUUGAUGGUGGCAACUGUAUAACAUUUGAUUACAUGGUGUAAAUAACAAAUAAUAAUAGCAACAGUCAGUUGGUACUUCAGCCCAUUUGUAUAUGUCGUUUGAGGGCGCCUUAAGCGAGUGAGACUACAUACGAGUCCUGCGGGCAACGAAAAAGCAAAAGCAAGUGUUACAUAAUUGAGUCAGGUGUUUGGCGCACGCGAUCAAUAGCCACCGAACACAGUCCAAGAGCCAAGUUUUCGAAUAUCAAAAAAAAAACAAUCAGUCAAACGCACAAGAAUCCGCCAAACAAGCCGCAGCAUCAACAGCGGAUUAUACAACAACCAAGUAGUGAACUAACAGCGAGGGAGGAACAUUAGCGUACAUAUAAUGAGAGUCGAUAGCAGAAAUCACAAGUCUAAACCCAAAGCUAUUGCUGAACGUGCGAAUGCUGCGCUGCCUACACAAAGUGCAACGCAACCCACGGGCAGCAACCCAUUAGGUUUCGCCAAGAAGAAGUCUUGCACAACUCUGCUCUGUGAAUUAACACAUCUCAAGUCACAGCAGAAGUAUCUCGAAUGUAGUCAAGUCAAAUUGAUUGCCGCCAACUUUGAGGAUCUACCAUCAGCAACUGUUGGUGGCUUGAAUAAGAGCAGCGUCUUCAUGCAGCCAUCACAGUUGAUAAAUGAAAUUGAAACCGUUAAGCAGCAGUUGAACGAAGACUUGAAGGUGUACCGUGAAAAUUGUUAUCGCGAGGUACAGGAGCUGCGUUACAUGAUAAAUGCGAUACGCGAAGACGUACAGCCACAACGUUUGAGCCAAUGUACAUUGCCGGCGUUGCGUGAACGCAUUAUCAACGUGAAUACGCAGUUAAUGCAACUCUGCGAUAAAAAUAAUGCGGAAAUGGUGAAACUGCGUGAUGAGUUUGAGAACCUUGAUCGGGAUAAUGAAAUAUUGAUUAAGUUUUGAAGAUGUCAAAACAGUUUGCAGUUAAAUGAUUGGUAGGAAAGUUUUGUUUUCUCGCUGAUAUAGACUGAAAAGUACUUCAAAGAUUAGCGAAAACGAAUUCUCAUAAAUAAAUGAUUUAAAUCUUUUAAAGUUUUAAAUGAAAAUAAAAGCUUCCAGCAAAGCUUAGUGAGUUUCUAAUUUUUUCAUAUACGAAUUCCUUAAAAUAUUUUAAGAAAAUGAAAGCUCCUGUAAAAGCUCUAAAGUUACAUUCAAAAACGUACAUUUUGCAAAGCAUUAGUUUUCAAUUUCGAUGAGCUUAGAAAGCUUAAAUUGUAAAGUAAAGCUUCUUCAAGAGAUUGGUGAGCUUUUAGAAUUUUAUACAAACUGUGUCAUUUAAAUAUUUGAAAGCUUACAAGCUUUCUGAAGUGCAGUACAUUUUACGCACCAAUGAACAUGAUGUAAAUGAUUUUAACUUUCAUUGUUUUCGAACUUAAUUAAAGCUCUGUAAACAUUCACAUUUUGUUGGUCUUUUUUAAAGCUCUUAAAGCUCUAAAGCUUCUUUAUCUAAUUGCUGUGGUCUGCCUUUCGAGAGGUGCUCCUUGUAGAGACAUUUAAAUAAUGUUCAAAGCAAAGCUUCACCUAAUUCGCUCUAUAUAAAUUUUUAGUUGUUUUUCAAAACUACAUUUUGGUUUAUGUUUUUGGUGUAGAAAUUUUAAGUGUAUUGCAAUAAUUAAAUUAAUUAAGUAUAUACAAUAUGUAUGUAUAGGUAUGUGUUAAAUUAUUUA